GGUGGUGGUCUUGCGGGUCUCUCAGCAUGUCAUACCAUUCUCGAGCGCGGUGGGAACGUCCUUCUUUUGGACAAGAAUCCCUUCAUGGGAGGCAAUUCCACAAAAGCAACUUCGGGCAUUAAUGGCGCAGGUACAGCAACCCAACAGGAACUCGGCAUUCCCGAUAGUGCCAAAAUCUUUUUCGAAGAUACCAAGCGAUCCGCUCGCGACCUCGCUCGCGAUCACCUCAUCAAAGUUCUCACUGGUCGCUCUGGCGACGCCGUCAAUUGGUUGCAGGACAAAUUCUCACUGGAUUUGUCUAAAGUUGCACGUCUUGGUGGCCACUCUCAGCCUCGCACGCACCGCGGUAGUGCUCAGUUCCCCGGGAUGGUCAUUACCUACGCCCAGCUGGAACGUCUCGAGGACCUCGCUGAGACUACACCUGACCGCGUCAAAAUCAUCCUCAAAGCUCGCGUGACAAGGCUUCUCUACGAGAAUGGCGCCGUUGUUGGUGUUGAAUACCAAAAGGAUGGAAAGACACAGAAUGCGCUUGGACCCGUCGUUCUCGCCACUGGUGGUUAUGCUGCCGAUUUCACCGAAAACUCAUUGUUGAAGAAGCACAGGCCUGAAUACUAUGGUCUUCCCACCACCAAUGGUGACCAUUGCACCGGUGAUGGUCACAAAGUGGCGCUUGCUAUUGGUGCUAGUGCCAUCGAUCUUGAGAAGGUUCAGGUCCACCCCACUGGGCUUGUUGACCCCAAGGACCCCGAAGCCAAGGUGAAAUUCUUGGCUGCCGAAGCACUUCGUGGAUGUGGUGGGAUCCUGCUCGACAAUGAAGGUCAACGUUUUGCCGACGAGUUGGGCCAUCGUGACUAUGUUACUGGUCGUAUCUGGCAAAACGGCAAAUAUCCUAUUCGUUUGGUACUGAAUGGACAGGCCAGUAAGGAGAUCGAGUGGCAUUGCAAGCACUAUGUUGGCCGCGGCCUGAUGAAGAGAUUUGAGAACGGUCAGGAGCUUGCAAAGGAGUUUGGUUUGGACCCAAGAGUCUUGGAGAAAACUUUUGAUGAAUACAAUGAGAUUGCGAAGGACCCCAAGAAAGAUCCUUUCGGGAAGAAGUACUUCCCCGGGGGCAAGUGGUCCCUGGAUGACUUCUUCCACGUUGCCAUUAUGACUCCCGUUCUCCAUUACACUAUGGGUGGCCUAGAGAUUGACGCUACUUCUCGUGUUAUUGACACCAGCCAUAAACAUAUUGCCGGCCUUUUCGCUUGCGGUGAAGUCGCUGGUGGUGUUCAUGGAGCUAACCGUCUUGGCGGAUCAUCCCUACUUGGAUGCGUCGUAUUCGGCCGUGUCGCUGGUGAUAACGCUAGCGCUUACCUCCUACAAAACUCCAAGGCUGCUGGGCGGUUAGGUGCUGUUGCUGGGCAUCUUUUGGAGACCAGGGUCAAGGUGGAUCCUUCAAACUCCAAGCUGAGCUUGGAGUUCUCCUGGGCCGAUGGCCCUACUUCCUCCGGUCCUUCAUCUUCAAUGCUCUCUUCAGCCUCUGUCGCCUCGCCAAUGCAUUCCUCUGAACCCCCUUCUCCCGAGAGGACUGCGAAAGAAGAGAAAGAGGGUAAAGCUGCGGAAAAGGCUUCUUCUGGAGAGUAUACUCUAGAGGAUGUGGCCAAGCAUAACAAGAAAGAGGAUAUAUGGGUUGUCGUGAACGGGGAGGUGCUGGAUGUGACCAAAUUUUUGCCGGAACACCCUGGUGGCGAGAAGGCUAUACUCUUGUUCGCAGGAAAGGACGCUAGUGAGGAGUUUAACAUGCUCCACGACCCUAAGGUUAUUCCUCGCUAUGCACCCGACGCCAUCAUCGGGAAGCUGAAGGCAUAAAUGCUUCGUUUCUGUUCAUCAUCAACAGCUCUUGUCCACAAAUACACGUCGCGUAUGUGCGUGCGCCCCACCUAAUCCCC